AUGCGGAAUUCGCGAGUCGCGGAUGCUUGUUCCGGAGGAGGAGGGGGUCAAGGGACCCCCGGAACAGGGGGUCAGUUGCUAUGGAGAUCUCGGAGCAUCGGGGAGUCUCUUGCCAAACCGAAUUCGAACUCUCCGAGACUCGAGAGCCUCGGUCGAUUUUCGCGGUUGUCCGUGCUUGCGCUCCCGAAAGGGGCCGAAAGCGUAGGCGGACGACUCACCAGUCACGCCAGUGCCAACAACAGCGAUGUGACAAGCAGAAUGGGGAACAAGAACUCAUCGGAGGCCGCCGUGGGAACUCCGCGGGCAGCCCGCGGCUCCGUAGUGAAGGGCGUGACGGCUGUGCCUUCGACUCCUCAGACUCCGUCACGUCAGACGAAGUUCAAGUUCGGCAGCAAAGGCAAACCGAAGACCACACCAACCCAAUCCCGUAAGGUGAACGCAACUGUGACGGACCUCGGCAGAAAAGCCUCCUGCUCUCCACCGAAGUGUGACUUGCCGAGUCCGUCGCCGUCGGAUCCAACGUCAGAAUACCAUGAGGCUUUGUCGCACAUAACAAAAACCCCCGACGAGGUUCCUGCCAUCGAAAAUGCAUCGGAUCGCCGUACUCCCCGUGGCACCCCGAGUCCGUCGGCAAGUCCGAAGAGACGGCCCUCGACGCUCAGCAUAUCGGGCUCGUCGCCAUUCAGCAUCGCGGCCCAUAAACCUACCGUUCUGCCAAAAGUCUCCACCGAUACCGAGGACACGCCACGUUUGGACAAAACACCGACGACUGGUAAUGUGUUACGCAAAGUCGCCUCAAUCACUCUGGACCGGAGUUCAGUCGACAGUUUGAGAACGCCGCCAAAAACGCCUCGGACCCCGGACGCGAGUCCGCUCUCGCUCGGCGAAAAAUUCGAGGGUCAUAUGCUCGUCAAUUGGCUUCUGGUCGGCUGCGGAGAGAGCCAAAAAGCUGAAUUGAGGGCAUUGAUCAUGAAGUUCUGCAGCAAACUGAUCGAUGCCGGUGUGAUGAUAUGCUGCGAUGGGGAAUCCGAAGCUUUCAGGCUGAGCCAAAUCUACGAGUUCAGUAAGAGCACCGCACCUGUACAGAACAAGAGAGCUUCUGUAGAAAGCAUAGUCUUACCGAAAAUCAGCGAGGACGUAUCGCAUGCCAAAGAACGAGUCGAUGCCGAAGUACAGUGCGUGGGCUCAGAGUCCGUUGGGGAUCGAGUGCGCUCAUACGAGAAAGUUUCUCAAGCUUGCCAAACAGAGGUCUGUCCUCUCGAGUCACGGGAGCAGAUCACAGCGGUUGAGCAAUCGUGCCAACAUGUGCCUCAUGUCACGUGUACUUCGACGCAAACUGACGCUCCUCUCACUCCUUCGGAAAAUUCGUCCGAUGCGGUUCUUGCAGAGCCGCCCCCACCUCCUGCAUCUGAUCAUCCGGUGGGGAAUCCGAUCCCCCCUCCACCGCCCCCUCCUCCUCCGCCUCCCAUGCCGGGUGAUGCUCUCUCGAGCUCAGUGCCACCGCCCCCUCCUCCUCCGCCUCCAAUGCCGGGGAGUGAUCCCAUCUGCCCUCCUCCUCCACCCCCGCCGCCCCCGAUGCCAGGAGCCAACUGCAUUCCUCCUCCUCCCCCUCCACCGCCGAUGCCUGGGGGAAUCCCCGCACCUCCUCCGCCUCCGAUGCCCGGUGCACCUCCACCUCCGCCACCGAUGCCGGGGAUGCUGUCCUCGACAUCACCGGUUCCCGGAUCCGUUCCACCACCACCGCCACCGAUGCUCCCUUGCCCCCCCGGGGGUUGGAGUCAGGCAUACCAGAACGUCAGGAAACAGCUGAAACAACCGAAAGCGCCGAUGAAACCUCUAUUUUGGAAGCGCAUUCAGGUUUGUCAACCACCUGUUGCAUCACCAAUCCCGGCGAACGAAGACGGGGGGGAUACCCCCACCGAGGAAAAAGCCUGUCUGUGGGAGAAACUCGACGAGGACGAACCGCAAUCUUGGGAUGAGUUCACAGAGCUCUUCGGCAGACAAGCACCGGUGAAGAAAUUAGAAAGAUCUGGACAACAGAAAGAGAAGUCGGAGAAGAAAAGUAAACAGCUAGUGAGUCUGCUUGACGGCAAACGCUCUCAAAAUGUGGGAAUUCUCAUCUCGUCGAAGAAGACCGAGGUGUCAGACGUCGAGCAAGCGCUGUACGACGUGGACACUUCGAUAGUGCCCCUGGACGUUCUGACCUCAAUCUUCGAACUUAGAGGAACCCCCGAGGAACUAGAUCUGAUCUCGCGUCACCUCGAAUCGAAGCCGACUUGUCCACUCGGGAGAAGUGAAAUGUUCCUUUGGGGGAUUUCCAAAAUCCCAUUUUUUGCGGAGCGUGUCGCCUGCAUUACGUUUGAGAGCAAUUUCCCCGAAAAUCUGGCUUCUGUCGAGAACCGCUUGAACAAUUUGAAAAUCAUCUGCCAGACUCUGCUGACUUCACAGCACGUAACUAACGUAUUUGCGAUCAUCUUGGCGCUCGGCAACUACAUGAAUGGAGGCAAUCGCGACCGAGGACAAGCUGACGGUUUCGGAAUAGAGAUCCUGGCCAAGCUCAAAGAUGUGCGCAGCAAGGACAGCUCGAUGACCUUGUUGCACUAUAUCGUGCGAGUGUACGUCGAUAAACACCAAUCGGAAGACAUCGCCUCGGCCAAGUUCCCUCUACCGGAGCCAGCAGACUUCAUCCGAGCUUCAGAGAUAAAUUUCGACACGCUCAAGGAGGAUCUAGCUUCUCUGCAUCGAGAAAUCAUUAAUAUCGAGCGGAAAGUCAACAAAGUUCUGGAGAGCUCGUCUGAGAACGUCGAACCGUUCAAGGGGAGAAUGGAAUCGUUCCUGACGAAAGCUUUCGCUGAGCACAGUGAACAAAGCGACAACUACGACGAAUGUCGCAAAGUUUUCGGAAAAGUCAUGAAGUACUACUGUUUUGAGGCAAAAAGUAAUAAAGAGAGUGAUUGGACGAUGGAGUUCUUCGGUCCUUGGACGCCCUUCAGCACUGACUUCAAGAACAUAUGGCAGAAAGAAGUGCAGCGCAGAGUCAAGGUCAAACUAGAAGCCGCAUCCAGCAAGGUGCAAGAACUAAAAAAAGCCAAGCGUAAGGACAUUGUGAAGACCAAGGGUGGACUUAAGGAGAAGCUUCGCAAAAAAGGUCUUCUCGGAGGAGACUGAUUAGAACGAGAUCUGGUCCGUUCGAAUCGGAAGUGAGAAUCCGUGAGAAGCAAGUGAAAACGCUACGCACCAAAGCACUGUGUAUAUAAUAUAUUCGGUAUUCGAUUCUUGCCUCUGUAGCGUGCAAUUUUAUGACAAUACGCUCGAACGGCUUCCGGAUUUCGAUAUCCACAAAACUGUGAUAUAUCUUAUGA